AUGUGUCAAUCAAAAGAAGAUAUUCUUUUAUGGUUGAAAGAAUUUCAUGAAGCUAGUGCUUCUCUUAAUGCUGAAUAUUUUAUUAAAAAAUUUUUCAAUGAUGAUGCUAUUUUACAAUUUGCUAAUAAUUCUAUUAUAAAAGGUCAUGAAAAUUUAAUUAAGAAUUUUCAAAAACAAUUUGAUUCAUUAGAUAUGAUGCAUCAUGAAAUAGAACAUUUUGAUAUUUUACCUGAUAGAAUUCAUCAAUAUGCGAAAAUUUUAUAUAAAGUUAAAGGUGAUACAGAAAUUAUAUCUAUUCCUGGUUUAGCUGUUUUUCAUAAAACAAAAGAUGAACAGAAAAUCAAAAGAUUUGAUGUUUUUUGUGAUCCAUCACCAUUAACUGACAAAAUUCAAGCGAUUCAUUCAGCUCAAUAA